AUGACUUCGAUUCAUUCUCUGCCAGUAGAGAUUCUGCUGCCAAUCAUCCAAAUGGCCAUCGAGCCUGGUUCUGAAGCAGCCGUUGUGUGUGCGACCGUCUCACGCCGGUGGCAGCCACAUGUCGAGAGACAGACUUUUGCGUCACUGAGGCUUGACACGGAUCGCCUCUCGAAAGCCAAAGACAUCUUGACGCCGGCUCGACAAACCUACGUGCGUCACAUAUGCAUGGAAGCCUUGCUGCCCGAGUACGACGAGCCAGAGCUCCGCGGACGCCGUGAGACAGAUGAGGAGCAGCAGCAGAACAAUCAGGCUUUCACUCGGGCAAUCGUGGGACUGUUUGAUUGCCUGAGCCUUUGGGAACCCAUAGUGACAGGCACUGGCCGGCCAGGCGUCAUAUUGCAACUCUGUGCCUCCUCCCCCUCUGACAGAUAUGGCAGUGGCGGUAGACGCGAAGAUCGGAUCGAGCGCUGGAAAUAUUCGGAUCUAUCGCUGGAAAGUGGCGUGGAAGACGACCUCCCAGCCUUGGGGAUGAUCACGCAGUUCAAAGAACAUUUUUCGUGUGGUUACAAGCGUUCAAUCCUCCAUAAGAAUCGAAACAUCCCUCGAUACAUUGCAGCAAGCGUAUAUGGCAUCAUUGCAUCCAAGCUGACCAACCUGGAGGCUGUGCACUGGAGAAUCAUGUACAUCCAGGAGGAAUAUAUCCCUCUUCGCCAGAAGAUGCGGCAAGAUUUCGCAGCAUCACUUGCGAGCUUUCCACAGAGUGUCCAUCACUUCAGCCUCUUUUACCCCUGGGCUGAACUCAUGGGUCACGACAUCCAGCCGCCGCGCGCCCAUGUCGACGACCCUCUCAGCAUCGCCUUACGUGGUAUUGCACAGCAUUGCACCACAUUCAAGCUAGAAGGAACCGUCGUGUUUGACACCAACCUUUUCUGGCCACAGCAACUGCCAUUAAGCCUGGAUGAGACUCCGUACUGGCCACGCCUCGAGGAGGUCCGUAUUUCGAGUAGCAAGAUUUCUCCGUUGGGGGCCUGGCUUUUUCAUAAACAUCCUUCAGCACCUCGACCUCGACCUCGACCACCAUCGCCUCCACAUGUUGCCAAUAGCCCAGAGGUCCUCACUGUUGACGAUCCAUCGUAUCAUUUCAGGGUACUUCUAGACCACGAAUACUUUGGUGAAAUAUGUUUGGCGGCGGCGCGUGCGGCCACCCGCAUGCCAAGGUUGAAAGACAUGACCGUUGCGUGGGAAAUGAUGAUGUCAUGCAGCUUUGGAUACAACGUCAGGUACAGCGUCUCUGAUGGAAGGGCAUGCGCCGAGUACUGGUCUGAUAGCACCCCAGCUCUCCCAUUGACGGCCGAAGCCGAGGAGGCUUGGCGUGCUGCUGCGAGGGUCCACAUGGGCGAGGGCGGGCAGAUCAGCUUCGAUCCAGCGAACGUGGGCGAAAGAGCCCCCUGGCACUACUAG